UCGACGAACUGCACUCGAUCCGGCAGUUAUGUUAUUGUUAUAGACGAUCCGAUCCCAUCCCGCAGCGAUCCAAUCGAAACCGAGAACGCAGGCGCCACGCAAUUUGUCCGUUACGUUCGACCACGCAAUUCGAGUGAUAAACAAAAAAGUAACUCCGAUUUCAGUGACAUUCAAUAUCGCGAUCGUGUGCCCUUUUUUUUUGUAUAUUUUUUGUUGUUGUAUUUUCUUUUCUUUGCUGUGAUAAUGUCGAGUGCUGAGUUGGGACAACCUGUAACCCUUUUCUUCUCUACCUGAUCUCGCGAGUCAAAAGUAUUAGUCAUGAAAGCCGGGGCGGCUUUUGAAUCACCAACGGCAAUAGCAAUAACAAUAAUAACAGCAGCUUCAUUGGCGUCCCCACAGCAGCAACAACAACAACGACAUCAAAAUCAAAAACAAAAACAAAAAGCCCAACGAUUAAUGAAUAACCCCAGCGAAUGCCGAAUGCCGUAAACUGUUUACAUUGCUCACAGCAUUACUCACUCACCUCGCUCAACCUGAGCGGAGAGGGAGAGUUGGAGGAGCGGAGUUGGAGUUGGAGAGGAUUGGAGAGUGGAAUAAGAAGGAAGGAAGGGAGGCAGAGCAGUGGAGAUCGCAGCUGCACUAGUUUCGAUUACGUGAGCAGAAAUUAAAUAAACAAGCGAUUUCGAUUUCGAUUUCCCCAUACCCAUACCCAUACUCAUCCCCACUUUCCACCACUGUGGAAAGUCUCCCCUCCUGACCACUGAUAACGGAACGGACGCACACAGCGACGCAUCGGUGGGAGAGGGAGAGAGGCGAGCGGAGAAAGCCAGUAGAGAGAAAGGAGAGCGCGAUCGCUAGAAUCGCAGAGUAUUACCAAAUAGCAACACCAAAUUCAACCAGAACCAGAACCAUGAGUGACGAGACAACUAUUAGCCUGGACGGCUUUCCCCCCCUGGAGCCGCUGACGACCAUGGCUCCGCCGGCUGAUGCAAGCGGCUUCUCGCAGUCGCUCCUGACCUUUGCCGCAGUCAUGACCUUCCUCAUAAUGAUCGUUGGCAUUUGCGGCAACCUGUUGACCGUGGUUGCCCUGCUGAAAUGUCCCAAGGUGCGCAAUGUGGCCGCCGCCUUUAUCAUCAGCCUCUGUAUUGCCGAUCUGCUCUUCUGCGCCCUGGUUCUACCCUUCCAGGGUCUGCGCUUCGUCCAGGGAACCUGGCGCCACGGCCAGGUGCUGUGCCGCCUAAUUCCCUUCAUCCAGUACGGAAACAUAGGGGUGUCCCUGUUGUGUAUCGCCAUGAUCACGAUCAAUCGGUACGUGAUGAUCACCCACCAUGGGCUGUACGCCAGGAUCUAUAAGCGCCACUGGAUUGCCGUGAUGAUAGCCGCCUGCUGGCUCUUCUCCUACGGCAUGCAGCUGCCCACGCUGCUGGGGGAAUGGGGUCGCUUUGGCUACGACCAACGCCUGCAGACCUGCUCCAUCAUGACCGACGAGCAUGGGCACAGCAGCAAGACGACCCUGUUCAUCACCGCCUUCGUCAUCCCGUGCCUGGUGAUCAUCGCCUGCUAUGCCAAGAUCUUCUGGGUGGUCCACAAGUCAGAGCAGCGUCUGAAGCGGCAUGCCACCAAGCAGAACUCGAUACCCAACAACCUGCGUCCCUUGGCCAGCACGGGCUCGGGAGCACUGCCCUCGGUGGCGGAAUGCCAGCCAAGCAAUCGCGUCUCCUCGGACAGCAGCAGCAGCUUCUCCGUCGAUGUGCCCGAGACGGCGCCCAGUGGCAAACAGCAGCCCACGCGGGUCAAGGAUCAGCGCGAGGUGCGGGCCAAGCGGAACGAGUGGCGCAUCACCAAAAUGGUGCUGGCCAUCUUCCUGUCCUUCGUCAUCUGCUAUCUGCCCAUCACCAUUGUCAAGGUGGCUGACAAGAAUGUGGAGCACCCCAGCCUGCAUAUCUGCAGCUACAUCCUGCUCUAUCUCUCGGCCUGCAUCAAUCCGAUCAUCUAUGUGAUCAUGAACAAGCAGUAUCGCAAGGCCUACAAGACGGUGGUCUUCUGCCAGCCCGCCCGCCUUCUCCUGCCCUUUGGGAAGGCCAAUGGCGGCGCCAGCAGCGCUGCAGAGAAAUGGAAAGAUACCGGGUUGAGCAACAACCACAGCCGCACCAUCGUAUCCCAGAUGUCGGGGGGUACGGGAACGGGAACGGGAGCGGCAACGGGAACGGCAACUCCAUCGUCAGCGGGAACGCCAACGGUGCAGAGUCCAACACCGGAAAGCCAGCCAGCCCAGGCCUUGGAGAUGCUAUCAAGAGGACAACCGGAUCUGAUCAGCAAGUCGAACCUUCCGCUGCCGGGCGCUACACCUCCGCCGCCCUCAGUUCUUACGGCGACGCCCAACGGAAGCAACAACAGCCUCAACCUGCGACUGCCGCUCAAGAAGAACAAUCACUCCUACACCAACAGCGGCUUCAACAGCAGCAGCAGCAGCAGCAACAGCAGCAGUCCCCCCGGGAUCAGCAGCAGCUCCAUUUACCGUCCCGGAGUUGGCUCACUGGGGAGCGGAGCGGCCUCGAUCAGGCGCAUAACGAUGGUGGGCGACGAUAUAAUACUGGAGGAGGAGGAGCUGCCACCCACACCGCCGCCGGUGAGCCCAGCUACCUCGGCGCCCACAACGCCGGCUCCUCCACCGCCAUCAGCCCAAAUCCAUCCGCUCUCCAUGACAUCGUCCUCGUCAACAGCCACCGGAGGAGGAGCAGUGGCAGCGGGGAGCAGCCGCAGCCCGGCGAAGCCGCACAUCUACAUGAACGUGGACAGCCCGAAGAGAAACCAAUCCUACGCGGAGCGUAAUACAAACGCUGCUGCACCGGAUAGUAGCUCCGGUCAGGCCAACACAUCCGCAGCCGUUUCCAUUUCCGGCUCCAAGCUGACGGCCAAGAUGAAAUUUCCAAAAGACUAACGAAAUGCUUUAAUCCCAAAAACCAAACAAAACAAAAAAAGACGUAGUUAUUGUGCUACUUUCGUUAUAAACAAAACAAUAUGCCAGGCAUUAUAGAUCGGUAUAUCGUAAAUGGGUGGCGAAUAUCGUAAAUUGUUUGUACCCCUUUCGAAAAAAAAGCUUAGGCUUCUUCCCAGAACCCAGAACCCCGAACCCCAGAUGGUGUUAUAGUUCAAUAUCGCAUUUCCCAUAUCGUAAGCAAUUUGUUCUAUGGAUAUUGUAAUUUAAUACUUAGUAUUUGCCAAAUAGCGAAAAGUAGGCGUUGAUUGAAUUGUGCCAUAGGUCACCCUCUUAGAUUCUGCUGUAUUUCCUAUUUCAAACUUUAUUGUAUACCAAGCAAGGGCAAACGGAGACACCCAAUUAUAAACAGUAAAACAAACAUAAAAUUCAAACUUUGGAAGAUCGAACUCAACUAAAUCUAAGUUUUUUUCAGAAUAACUAAUCUAGAAGUACACAAAAAAUGUUAUAUUGUUAUGCCAGCCAAUAUCACUUUACUACACACUGGAUCAAUCACAUUUUCGAAAUCCCAUCACACCUGACACUAAUUAGUAAUAGUUAUAGAUUCUAGAUAUUUAUGGUCGCUCACGCUUAGUAUUAACCCCUUACUAUCUAAACUAAAACACUUAUACUACUAUUCUUCUACUUUCCUUUAAUUUUGUUCACUACUUUCAUCGUACACAUUCCAUUCCAACGUAGGCCUUUGUAAAUGAACCUAUUGUUAGUCCACCAUGAGCACUCCAUUCGAAAGACGAUAGAAGCAAAUCGAAUACGAAUAUAAACAUAAAUGAUUACAUAAAUAAACAAAACACAUAUAGUUUA